AUGGCUAGGCAGCUGCAAAACCAUGUUCAGUAUUCAAAAAUUGGGAUCAUCGGGGCUGGUAUUAGUGGUAUUGCUGCCGCUAAACAGCUUCGUGCUUAUGAUCCUGUGGUGUUUGAAGCCACUGAUUCAAUCGGAGGUGUUUGGAAACAUUGUUCCUUUUCUUCAACCAAACUCCAAACCCCUCGAUGCGAUUUUGAGUUUUCUGAUUAUCCUUGGCCUGAAAGGGAUAAUGCAAGUUUUCCUUCUUAUAUUCAGAUAUUGGAUUACUUACAUGGCUAUGCUCAACACUUUGAUGUGCUCAAAUACAUCAAGUUCAACUCCAGGGUGGUCUCUGUGAGAUGUGUUGGUGACAAAGAAAUCGCCCAAGCAGCCAUAGUUCCAGGAGAAUAUGGCUCUCUUUUAAGAGGCCAUCCCGUUUGGGAGGUUGCUGUGGAGACUAGCGGGCACAAAACCCCUCAGUGGUAUGCUUUUGAGUUGCUUGUGGUGUGCAUUGGAAAAUAUGGAGACAUGUCAAGAAUGCCAAAUUUCCCUUGCAAUAAAGGUGAAGAAGUGUUUGGUGGUAAGGUCAUGCACGCCAUGGAUUACUCCAAGCUUGACAAGAAGGCCGCUACAAAGUUACUUGAAGGAAAGAAGGUUGCAAUUAUUGGUUACAAGAAAUCAGCCAUUGAUCUUGCUGUUGAGUGCGCUGAGGCAAAUCAAGGACCAAAUGGACAACCAUGCACUAUGGUGAUAAGGACUUUGCAUUGGACUGUUCCAUCUUAUUCCAUAUGGGGAUUGCCAUUUUUCUUGUUUUAUUCAACAAGGUCUUCUCAAUUUUUACACGAAAAGCCAAAUCUUAGCUUCAUCAGGAAAUUGCUUUGUUUUCUGCUUUCUCCAAUGAGAAGAGCCAUUUCCAAGUUUAUAGAGUCUUACUUGGCCUGGAAGUUACCCUUGUCAAAGUUUGGACUAAAACCAGACCAUCCAUUUGAGGAGGACUAUGCAUCUUGCCAAAUGGCUAUCUUGCCGGAAAAUUUCUUUCCGGAGGCGGAAAAGGGGAAAAUAUUGUUCAAAAGAGCAUCAAAAUGGUGGUUUUGGAAUGGAGGAAUCGAAUUCGAAGACAAAUCCAGGCUAGAAGCUGAUGUUGUGCUUCUUGCCACUGGUUAUGAUGGGAAGAAAAAGCUUCAAUCUUUACUGCCUGAGCAUUUUGCUAGUCUUAUCGUCGACUCUUCCGGGAUCAUGCCCUUAUACAGGGGCACAAUUCAUCCUUUGAUUCCAAACAUGGCAUUCGUGGGGUAUAUUGAGAGUGUUUCAAAUCUUCACACGGCAGAGCUACGGUGCAAAUGGCUGGCUCGACUGGCCGAGGAGAAAUUCAAGCUUCCGAGUGUUGAGAAAAUGAUAGAGCAAAUUGGAAAAGAGAUAGAAAUAAUGAGGAGAACAACGAGGUUUUUCACGAGACAUUGCAUUUCAACAUUCAGUAUCAAUCACAGUGAUGAGAUUUGUGAAGAGAUGGGGUGGAAAUCAUGGAGGAAGAAGAACUGGCUCCUGGAAGCUUUCAGCCCUUACACUAGCCAAGACUAUGGAGAAGAAAAAUAGAAUCUUUAAACCUAAA